AUGGAAGGUUUCUCUAAUUGGCCUACGCAAGUCCAUAUUUCUGAAGCAAAAUUUCGUGUGUUUCACACCAUGGAUCGUAUGUUAUACAUGAUUCUUGUGACAGAACUAUUCUGCGAUCCCAUGGAUGCCAUGAAUACCAUGUCCUUUUGGUUGUGGCUUGAGCGGGUCGGUUUCCUAGGCAUCAUACGAAGAAUCAUCCAUUUACCCAUCCAACUCAUUAGUGAGCUUGUAGAUGAGGCUGACAUAUGCCUCAAUUUUAUCAAUAAUCCACAACUACAUCUCAUAAAUGAAGUCAAUGAUAUUAAUUUUACACAAAGCUUCAUACAUGGAUUUUCACUCCAGUAUUUGCAAAACAAUCAAACACUUGCAAUAUCUGGAGUGGAAAUAGUUCGAACACAAAUUUGUAUGCAGGCUUUUAGUGAUUUAAUGCAACAAACUGUAUUUCAUAACGAAGCUCGACGGAUAGCAGAGAGCCAACAGCAACUUUCCAUGCAAUUAAUGUUGUCUAAUGGUUCUAGCAGUAGUGUUUUGCCUCAUGAAAAUCGGACUAUGUUUGCUACAUUUUCCAAAGGCUAUCCAGUGACCGAGUGGGAAAUUCGCGAAUUUCUUGUGCAAAAUUUUGGAGACUGCAUUGAAUCAUUUUCCAUGGAAGAAGUGAGAAAGAUUGGAGAUCAACCACUCUUUGCUAGAAUUGUAUUCUUUGAAGUUGACAUAAUUUAUACCAUCCUCAAUGGAUUGCCGAAGGCUAAGUUUACCAUUAAUGGUAAACAUGUUUGGAUGAGAAAAUAUGUUCCAAGAAGUCAAAAAACUUCAAAUAAAACAACACCUCAUCGUGCACAAUAA